GAUCAGAAAGCACAACUGAGGGAGGGUGAUGAGAAUGGCAGGGAGGGAGAGAGAUAUUUUUCGGAGAUAUAAUAUGCAGAGACCUAGCAAUGUUUACAUGAGUGCUGGAAGUCCAAGUGUACCGUAGGCCUACUUAGUGUAUUAAUGGGUCGAAGGUUCGGCCAGUCGUAGCCCAGUUUACGCCCUCUAUGUAGUCGCAUGUAGUUAAAAGGUUUUUCUACUUUAACUUCCAAGUCGUCGGGUACAAUCGCAACGGGGUUGUAGUGUGCACUGAAGCAAUCAGAAAGCGACCCGACCAGAUGACCUGGCUCGACCCGACCCAAUCCGCAUUCGCUAGUGGGCACCCCCUAUAAGAAACCCGGCACGAUUGUAUUAAUUGUCUACUUUUUAUCUUCAUUGUGGUCAUCAUUUGUUGCCGGGAAUAAUGUUCCUAAGGUUAUUCAAGCACAGAAAAUACCUAUAUGAAAUUUUCAAUUCAUAGGACUAUAAUUCUAUGGGACAAUUUUUACACUGGCAAAAGCAACGUAACACACUGCCUUUUCAGUGGCGAGGGCCACAAGAAUUAUACUAUUGUUUAAUUCAACGAAAAUCUACGCGUUGACUGCUAAUACGUAUUCGCCAAAAGAAUUAACACUAAAUUAUUUAUAAGUAAAGCCGACGGAGAACGGGGAUAUUUAUAUAGGGCCUAUUUAUAAUAGACUAAACGGUUACUUAACGGAACAAACAGAUUCAGUGACAACGAUUACAAAAUACACAAGAUGGAUUUUUUCCCCCACUGUUUCGGAGUACUUGUAAGCAAUUUUUUUACCGACCUGUGACGAUGACCACCACUUGUGUUCGUGUGUGUGGUAAGAUAAACUGUGUUCAUCAUGCAGUGGCUUUCUGUGUCUGCUCUUACAGUAUUUGGGUUCUGCUCAUGCUCACCAAUGUGGCUGUGUAUUAUAUUAUAGCAGCGGAGACAGCCCCUGCUUGGGUAAACAGAGACACGUGUGACAACGCCUGGGUGAGAGUCAGGUCUCCUUGUUCAGAACACAUGGGCCAGACAGGUCCACACGUCAAUUGCAGCGGGAAACAUUUAAAGGAAAUCAAUGCCGCUUGGUUUCCCUGCAACGUGAGCAGGCUGUCACUAGACGGCAAUUCAUUGGUUAUUCUUAAGAACACUUCUUUCCUUCGUCUCUACCAACUUCUUUGGCUUAAUCUUCGCGGAUGUAAAAUAAAGAAAAUCGAACCGUCUACUUUUGACAGUCUCAUCUCUUUAGAGUAUUUGGACCUGGAGGAUAAUCAGUUGGAAUUUUCCAAGGCUUAUUUCCCAUCUCAUCUCUUCGCUCCGUUGACUGAAUUAAAAACACUGAGGCUGGCGAGGCAAGAUAGCAAGCCAUCACUCUUAUUUCCCAAAGAUUUGUUUUCGGAUCUUAGAAGCCUGCUAGGCAUUUCCAUUAGUAAUAUGGGGACAGGCAUUCUUCAAUUUGGUCCACAAUUCUGUCAACUUAGUAAUCUCUCUCGUUUGGAAAUCACAGGAUCAGUCACACAAAUAACAAAUUCUAGUUUUGACAAUCUUGCAUGUCUCACCUUGAUGGAGUUAUCUCUAUAUGGACUACAACACCUAAAAAAAUUUGAUGUGGAUUCACUGAGACAUUUUAACAACAGUCUACGCUCACUGCAUUUGGAAAGGGUAUAUAUCGGUGUGCAGAAUGCUUUAGGAAUUUUAAAACCUUUUCGCGGUCGUAAUAUGUAUGAAAUAUAUUUUAAUAAUAUAGGUUUAUCAAGCACGCACUCUGAUGGAGCAAUUACGACAGGGGACGGAAUAGUUGAUAGUGAUUCCGUUAUAUACCUAAAGGAUAUCUGUGUCGAAAGGCUUACGUUACAAAAAAGCCACAUCUUUGUGCUGAAACGUUCUGCUCUUCCAGUGGGCCUUUUAUGGAGGUGUCUCAAGCAUUUGGAUAUUUCCUUCAACGAUCUCCAGCUCUCCACAGGUAUUUACAGGAUACUCCAGAUGCCGCGCCUGGAGACUUUGGUGAUUGUUGAAAGACAUCGAGAAAACACCUUGACCGACGAGGACCGCAAGAUCAUCGCCAGACAAACGCCUCUUGUGAGUUUCAUACCCCCAGACACCCGGUCGCAGACUAACAGCAGAGAGCGUGUGCAGUUGGGACCCAGACGAAUGUCUUGCCGAUUAAAAUAUCCCAGCGACAUACGCCGGAGAGGACGGCGACAAGUAACGAGAACAUUCUACACGUCUGGUAGUCUGAGAGCAAUUAUCGUGUCUCUUUCCUGCACUCGUUCCAAUCAUUUUGGAGGAAAAUAUGUUUAUCAUGUGCACUGUGAAAACAUGAAGACUCUUGUGUGCAGGUACUGUGGCUUGAAUGAUAUGACUGGAGAAGUGACUGGACUGGAGCACGUCCAAAGAUUAGAUGUAUCGCAUAAUGAUUUUGCUUUCAUAUCACCCAGCUUUUUAGAAAAAUUCACUGGAGUUGAAGCCUUAACAUUAUCAUACACCAAUCUGGACUCAGAUUUUAUGUCGAGGGAAAGCGAAGUAUUUUUUUCGCCUUUAGAUAAUUUGAAAAGUCUGGAUCUGACCUCAAACUCUCUGACUAUGCUUAGCAAAGGAACGUUUCGAGGUAAUGAAAAACUUGAAUCAUUGUUCUUGGGGCACAACAAAUUUCAUCAAAUUCCUUUUGAUAUUUCCUUUACUCCAAGGCUAAAACAUUUAGACCUCGGGUACAACGCCAUUCUCCAGCUGAGCGAGAGACAAAGACAGCAACUAGACGCGCAUGUGCUCAAAGUACCGGAAUUCCGAAUGGUGUUCCAGGGCAACAUGGUGUCGUGUAGCUGUGGGGCCAUGGCUUUUCUUCGAUGGCUUCAGAAAACAACGGUGGUGCUGGAUAACAACGGUAACUACACUUGCGUCACGGAACGGGGACACCUGAGCUCCAUCUCAGCGUUCAGAGACAUCCACGGUAUGUGGCGAUGGUGUUACAGUGGGUACUUUUACUGGAUUUCUCUUCUGCUCGUGGCAGGAAUGCUAAUCGUUUUUCUUAUGGCGGCUCUGGUGCUACGACACGGCAACUACUUCCGCGCUGCCAUUUUAAGGCUUUUGGACAACAAAUUCAAAAUGAAAUCACGGGCGGAUUAUCAAAUAUGUGUUUUCAUCGGCUACGCUGAAAAGGACUACCGAUUCCCUUGUCUUCGUUUGCUGCCAUACCUUGAAAGUCUAGGCAUGACUGUGUAUGUUAGAGAUCGGGAUAGUUUGCCUUGUCAAGAUGUGCCUUCGUCUAUCAUGGACGCCAUGCAAAGCAGCUGGAGGAUCGUUCUAGUUGUCUCGAAGGCUUUCCUUACAGACGACCAGUGGUCAGAGUUUACAAUGAGGUCAGCUGUGUAUUGUCAGAGUCCCAGCAAUCCGGCUCGGGUGGUGCUUUUGGUAGAAGAACGAAACAGAAAUCGCCUUCCGUUGCUGCUUCUAGGGGCCGUGGCUGACGACAAUAUUGUGUGUCUUGGUCGAUUGCUUAUGUGUUAUGAGCUGAGACAACGACUGCAGGUGCUCCUUAAGCAUAACUAA